GUGGCCUUCUCCUUCCCGAGGCCUGGCCCGACUCCCCGCGUGGCCACCGUAUCGAUACCACACGGGGCACAGCGAGGCACCGACUCUGCACCCGCGGAGCCCUCCCUGUUGGGGGGGGGUCCCAGUAUGUGCUGCCUGGCCUCCGGGAGGGGCUUGCACGGGGCAUCCCGGACCCUGAGGCGCAGGGGCGGUUCUGCCGUGGCCUGGACUCGGCCCACGGAGGCCUCGGGCGGAGGAGGCUGGAAAGGAGGCCAGGCGGCGGGAAAGGGGGUAUGAUUCAUCCCGAGGAGCCCGAAUCAGAAACGCCGCAAUCUGGGAACAGCCUUGCUUGGGACGACAGGAGAGCCUGGAGGGGAGUCCGUCUGGCGAGGUCCUGUCCCCAUUACUGGCAGUCCCCUGCCUCCUACCCCGGACCUAGCCUGGCUGCUGGGGGAGGGGGCCCUCAAUCCUGGACGAGUCCGCCGCCGCCUCCUCCUCUUUUGUGACUGGCUGCUCUUUUGGUCUUCCCAGAGUCUAGCUCAAGUCUCUCCUGCUGCAGCUCCAGUGCUGACUGAAGAAGUCUGGAAGGAGGGGGCGGGCGAGGAGAGGCCGUAGUCGGUGAGUGACACCCCCUCCUUCCUACGCUGCGAGCUCCCCGGACGACCGCGCCAUGACGGCCGGGAGCCCCGGAGACCGCGGGGAGGUGCGCAGGAGCCCCGAGGGCCGCGUCUCCCGCCUGGGCCGCCGCCUGGGCCGCCGCCGGCGCCCGCGCUCCCCGCCGGAGCCGCUGCGGGUACGGGCGCGGCUGCGGCUGCGCUCGCCGUCGGGGGCGUUCGCAGCGCUGGGCGCGCUCGUGGUCCUGGUGGGCAUGGGCAUCGCCGUGGCCGGAUACUGGCCGCACCGCGCCGCCGCCCCGGGACCCCGGGCAGCCAACGCCAGCUCGCCCCGGGUCAGCGAAAUCCGACGCGAGGGUCGCGGCGCCGGCCGGGCCCACGGGCCACAUGAGCGGCUGCGGCUGCUCGGACCGGUCAUCAUGGGCGUCGGCCUGUUCGUGUUCAUCUGCGCCAACACGCUCCUGUACGAGAACCGAGACCUGGAGACGCGACGGCUCCGACAGGGGGUGCUGCGGGCCCAGGCCCUGCGGCCGCCCGACGGCCCCGCCUGGGACUGCGCGCUCCUGCCCAGCCCGGGCCCCAGGACUCCCGGAGCCGUCGGCUGCGCCGAGCCAGACAACUGGGACUUGUCCCCGCAUCGGGGAACCUCACCCGUCCCGUCGGUGCGGAGCCUGCGUUCAGAACCCGCCAAUCCUCGCUUGGGGCUACCCGCCCUGCUCAACAGCUAUCCAUUGAAGGGCCCAGGGCUGCCCCCACCCUGGGGUGCACGAACCCAGACUGGCCACGUGAUCAUCACGGUGCAGCCCUCGGGUUCCUGCAUCGAACAUUCCAAGUCUCUGGAUCUAGGCUUUGGGGAACUCCUCCUGGGGGCCCCAGCAGCUCGGGACUGUGCUCACCGAAGCUGGCCACGGCUGGAUCGGCUCAGUCUAGGAGGAUAUGCCAAACUGGGAGGAGAGCACUUGGGGGCCCGGGUCUGAGGAGCAGGGGACAACCUGCUGUGAGACUGCAGCACAGUUAGCAGGACCGGAGGACCACAAGUCCAGAAGUUAGCAGCUGGUUCAGGCAUAUCGCCGGCCAGGACGGAUGCUCCUGACCACAGAGAGCUGCUAAGGCCUCCUGACCUGCAUGUGGGUAGAGAAAUGCCAGCUGCACUGGGCUCCAUGAGCCCCAGAGGGUGUUUCAGUGUGGAGUGUGGAGAGCAGCAGGACUCAGCCUCAGGAAUUUCUUCAGCCCCAUAUGUGGCCUUAGCCCUGGACAGGUACCUGAGGACUGUAGGUCCGGGCCGGAAGGAUCAGGAGACGCACCGGGUGUCUGGUGGGCAAGAAUCCCUAAGACUCGGGAGGUAGGUUGGAAUGCUUCAGGCCGGGACAAGCCGGCUUCAAGGUGGGAGUGGUGAUGUGGUUGAAAACUCUGGGAUAAUGGGCAAAUAGGGUGGGGAGGAACUGAGCCUGUAACUCCCACACCUGAAGCCCUGUCUUCCUGCAGCCACGCGGGAUCUGUCCCAGCAGGGCUACCUACUGCCAGAGCCCUGAUCCUGAGGUCAGACCCUUCCCCUGGAGGCAGGUCUGGGAAGCCCCUUCUUCACUUCUAUCUGGCCUAUGCUGCAAAAUCUUUCUCCAGUUGGCAGAACACACUUGCUACAACCCUGGAGCCGCAUUCUGGCCAGUGUGGCUAGCACGCUUUAGGCAGCAGCUUCAGUUCAGGUCUCCACUCUCCAGGGGAGCUGCUGCUAGAAGAAAUAUUUAAAUAUGGGCCAGUUUUAGCAGUCGAGUUUUUUUUUUUUUUUUUAAGUUUAUUGAAAAAUGCAAUACAAGAAGCAAGACCAAAUACGUAUCUAAACACUACAACCACUUUUCUUCCUAUGAAAGACCAAAACAGCAGACCUGAUUAUUGCCUAUUUCACCUAAGGAUUUACCAAUAUGAUUCUGCUGCCCGUCGUUCCCAUUUUGUCAAGAAAUGUAAACAACUACUUGAUAUGAUCCUUAAUUUUAAAAAAAUUUACAAAGCUCCUUCAUUUUUGUCAUCAAAAUAAUACAUUUGAGAGAGAUUUGUAAAAACAACAAGCCUGGGGCUGAGACCCUAGGCAGAGAUUUCCAUAAGCGUUGAGGGGUGUCAGCCAGGCCACAGCUCCAUGGCUCAAUUUUCCAAGGUGGACUGGGUUCUUCAGCUUUCACUGGCUCUGUAUCCCCCAGAAAGCACUGCUGGCCUGGGGGAGGGGCAAGACACCCCAUGGGUCCUUGGAGUAGGUCCCCUGGGGCUUCAGUUUGGGAAUAUAGGUCUUGCUUUGUGGGUGGGUGGCAGAGAUCUCAUGUGGUUUGAAGGAAAUCUACUUCUGAAGUAAAAAUAAAAUUGCAGUGAGAGUUGUUA